AUGCUCCUCUUCUGCCCCUCCUGCGCCAACGUCCUCACCGUCUCGCGCGCGCCCUCGACCCUCUCCUUCCCCGAAGGGCAGAACCGGCUCGAAUGCCGCACCUGCCCGUACGAAUUCCUCAUCGACCAGAAAUACUACGAGCGGCGGGAGAUGAAGCGGAAGGAGGUGGAGGACGUGAUUGGGGGGAAGGAGGCGUGGGAGAAUGUGGACAAGGCGGACGCGCAAUGCCCCCGCGAAGGCUGCGACGGCUCCUCGGCCUUCUUCUACCAAGUGCAGAUACGGAGCGCGGACGAGCCCAUGACGACGUUCUACAAGUGUACGACAUGUGCGCAGAGGUGGAAGGAGAACUGA